GUCAAGUUGAGAUGGUAUACGCAAUCAAUGCAUGCGCAUAUCCGAUCCAUCAGCGCCCAUAUCGCCUAGGGUUUUGUUGAACCCUCACAAUAUAAGCCCUCCUUCUUCACCCAGCCGUAGCUUUUUUUCUUCAUUUCUUGUUCUCCACUCAUUUUUAUCUCUACAUUUCUAUCUCUAACAAACCCUAAAACUCCUCCUUCUCAGGGUUUGUUUAGGAGUGUUCUGUAUCGGCAUAUAGCCCGUGCUUUCUUUUAGAGAGUAGCGAAAAUGGUGAAGUUUACAGCGGAUGAGCUCCGCAGGAUUAUGGACUGCAAACAUAACAUCCGUAAUAUGUCUGUUAUUGCCCAUGUCGAUCAUGGAAAAUCAACCCUCACUGAUUCUUUGGUGGCUGCUGCUGGUAUCAUUGCCCAGGAAGUUGCUGGUGAUGUACGUAUGACUGAUACCCGUGCUGAUGAAGCUGAGCGUGGUAUUACCAUCAAGUCCACUGGAAUUUCUCUGUAUUAUCAGAUGACAGAUGAAGCUUUGAAUGCAUUCAAGGGAGAGCGUGAUGGCAAUGAUUAUCUGAUCAAUCUUAUUGAUUCCCCUGGGCACGUUGACUUCUCUUCAGAGGUUACUGCUGCUCUGCGUAUCACUGAUGGAGCUCUUGUCGUUGUUGACUGUAUUGAGGGUGUAUGUGUCCAGACUGAGACUGUCCUUCGCCAGGCUCUUGGUGAGAGGAUCAGGCCUGUUCUUACUGUUAAUAAGAUGGACCGUUGCUUCCUUGAGCUCCAGGUUGAUGGAGAGGAGGCUUACACAACAUUCCAGAAGGUUAUUGAGAAUGCUAAUGUCAUCAUGGCUACCUAUGAAGAUCCCCUUCUGGGUGAUGUCCAAGUUUACCCUGAGAAGGGAACAGUUGCUUUCUCAGCUGGUCUCCAUGGGUGGGCUUUUACUCUGUCCAACUUUGCUAAGAUGUAUGCAUCUAAGUUCGGUGUUGAUGAGGCUAAGAUGAUGGAACGUCUCUGGGGUGAGAACUUUUUUGACCCAGCCACCAAGAAGUGGACCACCAAGAACACUGGGACAGCUACAUGUAAACGUGGAUUUGUUCAAUUUUGCUAUGAGCCCAUCAAGCAGGUCAUUGCUACUUGCAUGAAUGAUCAAAAGGAUAAACUGUGGCCCAUGCUGACAAAGCUUGGUGUCCAAUUGAAGUCUGAAGAAAAAGAAUUGAUGGGUAAGGCAUUAAUGAAGCGUGUCAUGCAGACCUGGCUCCCAGCUAGCAGUGCUUUACUUGAAAUGAUGAUCUAUCAUUUGCCGUCUCCUGCAACGGCUCAGAGAUAUCGUGUGGAGAACUUGUACGAGGGGCCCAUGGAUGAUGUCUAUGCGACAGCAAUCAGGAACUGUGACCCUGAGGGACCUUUGAUGCUCUAUGUAUCAAAAAUGAUUCCUGCACCUGACAAGGGGAGGUUCUUUGCUUUUGGCCGUGUCUUUGCGGGAAAAGUUUCAACCGGUAUGAAGGUUAGAAUCAUGGGACCUAACUAUGUUCCCGGGGAGAAAAAAGAUCUGUAUGUUAAGAAUGUCCAGAGAACUGUCAUUUGGAUGGGAAAAAGGCAGGAAACUGUUGAAGAUGUUCCAUGUGGAAACACUGUUGCUAUGGUUGGUUUGGAUCAGUUUAUCACAAAGAAUGCCACUCUUACAAACGAGAAGGAAGUGGAUGCCCACCCAAUCCGAGCCAUGAAGUUCUCUGUAUCACCUGUUGUCCGUGUUGCUGUGCAGUGUAAGGUUGCAUCUGAUCUUCCCAAGCUUGUUGAAGGUCUGAAGCGUCUGGCCAAGUCAGAUCCUAUGGUUCUUUGUAGCAUUACAGAAUCUGGUGAACACAUUAUUGCUGGUGCUGGUGAGCUCCAUCUGGAAAUCUGUUUGAAGGAUCUGCAGGACGACUUCAUGGGUGGGGCUGAAAUCAGCAAGUCAGACCCUGUUGUAUCCUUCCGUGAGACUGUUCUUGAGAAGUCAAGCCGUGUUGUGAUGAGCAAGUCUCCCAACAAGCACAACCGUUUAUACAUGGAAGCUCGUCCAAUGGAAGAUGGGCUUGCCGAGGCCAUUGAUGAAGGAAGAAUUGGCCCAAGAGACGACCCCAAGAUCCGUUCCAAGAUCUUGGCUGAGGAAUUUGGGUGGGACAAGGAUCUUGCUAAGAAGAUCUGGUGUUUUGGUCCAGAAACUACUGGUCCCAACAUGGUGGUUGAUAUGUGUAAGGGAGUCCAGUAUCUCAAUGAAAUUAAGGACUCUGUUGUUGCUGGUUUCCAGUGGGCUUCAAAAGAAGGUGCUUUGGCUGAAGAAAACAUGAGAGGUAUCUGCUUUGAGGUUUGUGAUGUGGUUCUCCAUGCUGACGCCAUCCACAGAGGAGGUGGGCAGGUUAUUCCAACCGCUAGGAGAGUCAUGUACGCUUCCCAGCUAACUGCCAAGCCCAGAUUGAUGGAGCCCAUCUAUCUUGUUGAGAUCCAAGCUCCUGAACAAGCUCUUGGUGGUAUCUACAGUGUUCUUAACCAGAAACGUGGACAUGUGUUUGAGGAAAUGCAGCGACCUGGUACCCCACUCUACAACAUCAAGGCUUACCUUCCUGUCGUCGAGUCCUUCGGAUUUUCAAGUACUUUGAGAGCUGCAACCUCUGGUCAAGCUUUCCCACAGUGUGUGUUUGAUCAUUGGGAAAUAAUGACUCAGGAUCCUCUGGACCCAACAUCACAAGCUGCAGCCCUUGUUGGAAACAUUCGUAAGAGGAAGGGAUUGAAGGAAGCAAUUACCCCACUUUCUGAGUUUGAGGACAAGCUAUAAUCUCAUCUGUGAGUUGUUUGUGAAGUUACUUUGGUGUUCUAUCUAUUUCUGUUUCCAUCAUUUUGCCUCCAUCUAGAGAUACUGUUAUCGUAUGUUACGUUGAGUAUUAUUUUUCCCGUUUGUGGGAGAUUUAAAAACUUUGUAUUGUAGUAGAUUUUUAACGUCUUUCCUCCAGUAGAUGAUUUCUGUGUUGCCUUAUAUUAUUAUCUGCAAUCUGAUGAGGUUGAAAGACUGAAUUUUCUCUGAUAUGAUGACUUGGUUUUUUCAAGCCA